AUGCUUUCACUGUGCUUUUAGAGGACAUUGAGGGGUACAUUAGAGUUAAAUAACAGCACAGAACACUGAGAGCUAGGACUGGUGGCUGUAAACAAACUUUAUGGGGCCGUGGGAAACUUGGCCAAACCCAUGAAAAGCGGACAUCUGGCUAAGUAAAAUCGUUCUGGAUGACAGAUGUUUCUGAAUAACAGUUCUGGACAAGAAAGAUUCAACCUGUACUGUCUGUUGGCACAAGUUCAUAUUGGUUUUAGACUUGUCACUGUCUGACUUUUUUCAUAGCUAGAACCAACUGCCAUCUUCUCUCUCUCUAGCAAGUGGUGCACAGUACUAUACUGCAGCUGCUGGGAUGAUAAGUAUUCCUGCAGAUCACGUAGCUGCAAGAGCAAAUCCAUCCAAUGUAGAACGUGUGCCUUGUAACGUCAGACACAUCCUCCUCAAUGACAUCACAUUGGAAGGAAGCUGACCCUGUUCCAAACUCCUUCCUUCUUCUGGUGCCUCUCCGAGGAAAGCUGAAAAGUGCUGGCUUCCUCAUAGUCGGACAGGGCUGCUCAAGUUUGGAAGCCCCUGGGGCCACAACUCUCAGCACAUGCCGAGGGGCACAAUUAAAGUGUGGUUACAUAUACAAACAAAUAUAUAUGCAAACAGCUUCUUUCACACUGACAGGCAUGAAUACAAGGGACUUCACACAAUGCCCCAGUACUCCUGGCCCCUCCUCCUUUGGGGCUAUAACUGCCGACACCCUGUACCCCUCUGUUCCAGCCAGCCAGCUUGCGUCUUUCAGUGCUCACCCCGCGUGGGAGACACCUCUCCAUGUUCAAAGGAUCCUACCUGCAAGCUGUAUCUAUAACCCCUGUAAACCCAAGCCACACCGUGGGUGCAAAUAAAAGGGCCGCGGGCCGUAUGUUGAGUAGCACUGCUCUAUGAGCUGCCUUUGUUAUGCAUUGUAUGUCUAGGUCCUGAUCCCGUAGUGAGAACCACACGGGAGCCUCGUUAGGGGUGAUGGUGACCAGCCUGGCUUGUUCUCCUUGUGGAUCAAAUCUUGCCUUGCUCUAAGCCAGUGAAACGGAAUUAGCUGCAGUGAAACUUGCACCUGAUUAUGUCAAGGACGACUUUGUCACAAACACUUGACUCUACAGCAUGUGAAUGUGGUGGUGUACUGAGAGAAUCCUCCGUUCCGGCUUGGUAAGACUUUGCGUGAUGUCAUAAAGGGUUACUGUGUCCACAUUCCGAUGAGUGGUAUGUUGAAAUUAUACUGUGGGAGGGAGAGGGUGAGCGUGGUAAAGUGUGUAGAGAGAACAGAGGCUGGGUCUGUGGAAUCGGCAGCUGAGCCCAGAAUGAGUCCUUGAAAAGCACCCAUUCCUUCCAGGAGAAACCUAGUGCCCUGGUUCCAAGCAAGAUGACGAGUUGUAGCAGCAGCGACAUGGGAUGCUGACCACAGCAAAGUGCUGGAACUCAUCCCGUGAACUCUAGUUCUACAGCAACCCAUGCUCCCUACCUGGUGGGGAAAUCUAACCUGGCAUUUACUGGUAGCUGCACUGGAAGAUUGCUAAUUAAGUACACCGCUAGAUAUAUUGGUACAUCCAGGUAUGGAGAUAGAAAUACAGUUUGCGGGAGCAUGGACAUUCGAAAUAACCUGACACGUUUGAAUAUGCUUGAGAACUGCACUGUGAUUGAGGGCCACUUGCAAAUAUUGCUGAUGUUUAAAACCAAGCCUGAAGAUUUCCGUGAGUUCAGCUUUCCCAAAUUGACUAUGAUUACAGACUAUUUACUGCUCUUUCGGGUAUAUGGGCUAGAGAGUUUAAAGGGGCUUUUCCCAAACCUCACUGUGAUUCGAGGAACUCAUCUCUUCUUCAACUAUGCUCUGGUCAUUUUUGAGAUGGUUCACUUGAAAGAGAUUGGCCUUUAUAACCUGAUGAACAUUACUCGAGGUGCAGUCCGGAUGGAGAAGAACAAUGAACUGUGUUAUUUGUCCACAAUUGACUGGUCUAGGAUUUUAGACUCUGUGGAAGACAAUGACCUUGAUGCCAACAAGGAUGACAAAGAGUGUGGAGAUGUGUGUCCAGGCACUGUGAAAGGAAAAAGCAACUGCCCAUCUACGGUCAUAAAUGGCAUCUUCAAUGAACGCUGCUGGACUCACGACCACUGUCAAAGAGUUUGUCCACCUGCUUGUAAGUCACAAGGCUGCAUCUCUGAUGGUCAGUGCUGUCACAGCGAAUGCCUGGGCAACUGCUUGGAGCCCAACAAUCCAGAGAAGUGUGUGGUUUGCCGUAACUUUUACCUUGAUGGCAAGUGUGUGGAGACCUGCCCAGCCAAUUACUAUCGCUUUGAGGGGUGGCGUUGUGUGACCUUCAGCUUCUGCCAGGAGCUGCACAACAAGUGCAAAAAUGCCAGGGAAUCAGGGUGCCAUGUUAUUCACAACAAUGAGUGUGUUCAUGAAUGCCCAUCGGGCUACAUCAUGAACUCCAGCAACCUGCACUGUUCUCCAUGUGCGGGGCCCUGUCCGAAGGUUUGUGAUUUCAGCAAAGAGAAAAUAAUUGAUUCUGUGACCUCUGCCCAGGAGCUUCGUGGCUGCACCAUCAUUAAUGGAAGCUUAGUCAUAAACAUCCGUGGAGGAAGUAAUAUAGCAGCUGAGCUUGAAGCGAAUCUUGGUUUGAUUGAAGAAAUCUCAGGUUACCUAAAAAUUCGCCGCUCCUAUGCCUUGGUUUCUCUUUCUUUUUUUCGUAAGCUACAUCUGAUUAAAGGGGAGACAUUAGAAGCUGGGAAUUACUCCUUCUAUGCCCUCGACAAUCAGAACCUGCGCCAGCUCUGGGACUGGAACAAACACAACCUCACCAUAGCACGGGGGAAGCUCUUCUUUCAUUAUAACCCCAAACUGUGCUUAUCAGAAAUCCACAAGAUGGAGGAGAUAUCUGGGACUAAGGGGCGUCAGGAGAGGAAUGACAUAGCCCUGAAGACAAAUGGCGACCAAGCCUCUUGUGAAAAUGAAUUGCUGAAGUUUUCGUAUAUCAGAACAACUCAUGAUAAGAUCCUACUCAAGUGGGAGCCAUACUGGCCGCCUGACUUCCGUGAUCUCCUGGGAUUUAUGCUUUUCUACAAGGAAGCGCCAUACCAGAAUGUGACUGAGUUUGAUGGACAAGAUGCCUGUGGAUCAAAUAGUUGGACAGUCGUUGACGUUGACCCUCCCCCACGGUCAAAUGACGCAAAAAUUCAGUCCCAGCCAGGGUGGCUGCUGCGGGGCUUGAAGCCCUGGACACAGUAUGCCGUGUUUGUUAAAACUCUGGUCACCUUCUCGGACGAACGCAGGACAUACGGCGCGAAGAGCGAAAUUAUUUAUGUCCACACCAAUGCUACUGUUCCCUCCGUCCCAUUAGAUCCAAUAUCGGUUUCCAACUCUUCAUCCCAGAUUAUUCUGAAGUGGAAGCCGCCCUCUGAGCCGAAUGGGAACAUCACACACUACCUGGUGUUCUGGCUGCAGCAGCCCGAGGACAGUGAGCUUUACGAACUCGACUACUGUGUGAAGGGACUAAAAUUGCCAUCGAGGAUUUGGUCUCCCCAUUCUGAAUCUGAAGACCUUCAUAAAAAUAAUCAAAGUGAAAAAGAGGACGCCCGAGGGGAUUGUUGUUCCUGUCCAAAAACUGACUCUCAAAUACAGAAGGAGCAGGAAGAGUCUGCCUUCCGCAAAACAUUUGAGAAUUACCUCCACAAUGAAGUGUUUGUCCCCAGGCCAUCACGAAAACGAAGAGAUCUUGGUCGUGUGGCAAAUGCCACAGUGGUAGUACCAACUGUCGCAUCUUCAAUGAAUACCUCCUCUGCCAUGGCACCAGAAAAUGCAGAGGAACAGAAAUCUUUUGCGAGUGUGAAAUUUAAGGAGUCCUUGGUUAUCUCAGGUCUACGGCAUUUUACAGGGUAUCGCAUUGAGCUCCAUGCUUGCAACCAUGAUGCCCAAGAAUCCCGGUGCAGUGUUGCUGCAUAUGUUAGUGCCAGAACCAUGCCGGAAGCAAAGGCAGAUGAUAUUAUUGGUCCAGUUACCCACGAGCUGGUCGAAAAAAAUGCUGUUCAUUUGAAGUGGCAGGAGCCAAAGGAGCCGAAUGGGCUAAUUGUGCUAUAUGAAGUGUACUAUGGACGUCUUGGGGAACCAGAGGGGCCUCCCCACUGUGUUUCCCGAAAGCAGUUUGCUAAUGAACAGGGCUGUAAAUUACGUGGACUACAGCCUGGAAACUACAGUGUGAGAAUCCGAGCCACCUCGCUGGCAGGAAAUGGGUCGUGGACAGAGCCCACGUAUUUCUACAUGGCUGAUUAUCUGAACCCUCAGUCUAAUCUUGCUGUUGUUAUCGUCCCAGUCGUUUUUUCCAUCAUAAUUGCUGGAAUUAUUGGAGCCACCUACGUGUUUGUGAAAAAGAGGCAAACUGAAGGCCCCACUGGGCCCCUCUAUGCAUCAUCUAACCCAGAGUACCUGAGUGCCAGUGAUGUUUAUGUGCCCGAUGAAUGGGAAGUCCCACGUGAUAAGAUUAACCUGCUCCGAGAGCUCGGGCAAGGCUCCUUUGGGAUGGUGUAUGAAGGGAUAGCCAAAGACAUAGUGAAAGGGGAACCAGAGACUCGGGUAGCUGUGAAAACCGUUAACGAAUCUGCCAGCCUCCGGGAGCGCAUCGAGUUUCUGAAUGAAGCUUCUGUAAUGAAAGGGUUCAACUGCCAUCACGUGGUUCGCCUCCUAGGGGUGGUCUCAAAAGGACAACCCACACUGGUUGUCAUGGAACUGAUGGCACAUGGAGAUCUGAAAAGUUACCUUCGCUCCCUGAGACCUGACGCUGAGAAUAACCCCGGCCGUCCCCCACCAACUCUCAGAGAGAUGAUCCAGAUGGCUGCAGAGAUUGCCGAUGGCAUGGCUUACCUGAAUGCCAAAAAGUUUGUCCACAGAGACCUCGCAGCCCGUAACUGUAUGGUUGCCGAAGAUUUUACUGUAAAAAUUGGAGACUUUGGCAUGACCAGAGACAUCUAUGAGACCGACUAUUACCGUAAAGGAGGCAAAGGGCUGCUGCCUGUGAGGUGGAUGGCACCCGAAUCGCUAAAGGAUGGUGUCUUCACUGCUUACUCAGAUGGGUGGUCAUUUGGAGUUGUCCUAUGGGAGAUAAGUAGCUUGGCGGAGCAGCCGUACCAGGGACUCUCGAACGAACAGGUGCUAAAAUUUGUAAUGGAUGGAGGAUACCUGGAUCAGCCAGACAACUGUCCAGAGCGACUGCAUAGCCUGAUGCAGAUGUGCUGGCAGUACAACCCCAAAAUGCGCCCGACGUUCAUUGAGAUCAUUGAGAUGCUGAAGGAGGACUUGCACCCCAGCUUCCGGGAGGUCUCGUUCUUUUACAGUGAAGAAAACAAACCUCCCGAGACAGAGGAGUUUGAGAUGGACUUUGAGAACAUGGAGAGCAUUCCCCUUGACCCUUCCUCCUAUUCGCAGAGGGACAAAGCUCUGGGGCGGGACAAUGGGCCCUCCAUGGGCCUCAAGGGGAACUAUGAAGAGCAUAUACCUUACACUCACAUGAACGGUGGCAAGAAAAAUGGGCGGAUUCUGUCCAUGCCCAGGUCAAGCCCUUCCUAACACCUACUGUUUGGCCCAAAGGUUGUGUCUUUGCUUUUCUCCUCCAUGAAUCUCAGGACUCUUGUUAUUGCUGCCACAGCGUAUGACAUACAACUACGAACUUUCUGUUCAGAUUUUUAAUCAUUCUAUGAUUAAGAGACUUUUUGAUAAGUUGAGUGGUUGUCAAUGGACUUAUCUGUGAACAUAAAUGGAAGAGGUUUCCAUGGUGGCUGUCCCUUCUGUAGCCAUGGUUCAAAACAGGAACUGACCUAAUAAGUUAGGUUGAAAGAAGAAAAUCCACAUUUGCCAGCAAAGGAAAUGAAAAUGGAUGAUGUCUGAGCUACAUUAUAAAAGUGCAGAACAAAACUUCUGCAGUUCGUAAAUGGUCUCAGAAGAAUUCCAAGCUUGAUGGCAUCCUCUUCAGAAACAUUGUUUUUUCACUACAGCCGAAGGAUUUUAACACCCAUCAAUUGGACAUGCCAUUUCCUCAGAUUGACCAAUAGCUGCUGCUUUUCAUACUUUUUUAAUGAGUUAAAUCCGUGUGUGUGUGUGUGUGUGUGUGUGUGUGUGUGUGUGCGCGCGCACACGUGCGCAGUAUAAAUACAUGGGGUGUAUAUACAAAAAUAUACACUUCUUUUGUACAUAAGUUUUGUAUGUUCUCACAGAAGCGUCCCUCUUGUUGGAAGUGUGUACUCCUCUCUUUCCCAGUUUCCUGGAGUGAUUGAACUCUAAACAGAUUAUUUUUGUACUAAGGACUCUUGGGAGUAGUUUUCUCUCAUUAGCAUAUAAAAAAAUAUGCUAGGAGCCAAAGGAGUAGAAAUCUGAGAUUUGUGGCUACUUUCAAGACCAAACAAAACAGGAACCCCUAGACCUGCUAUCAAGCUUUCUGUCCUUAUUGCAUUGAGAAUAUAUAUUGUUUGUUGUAACAUAUUUAAAAUAUUUUUAGUUUUAAAUGUUAACUACCAUAUAAAUUAUUGACUGUUUCUGAUCCUUUUCGGGGGAGAAGAUUGGAGAGUUUGUUUGGUCUUAAAGUGGUACAUGGAUUUCGGAAUGAACUUUGUUUUAGCUGAUUACCCGCUUAGGAACUACAAAGCACGUGUUAAGUUUGUACUUGACAAGGCUUUCAAGUACAGUUUCAUGAUUUAUAUCCAAGUCAGCUGGCUCCAGUGAAAGCCCCAAGAUACAGAUGUUUGGACUUGUUGUUUGGCGGGAGAUGGCAAAGCAUUGUUUCGCCUCCUGUCGUGCAACUUCACUUUCUUUCCCUUCCUUGUGCACUUUUCCACAGACUUUGGAGAAAAUGGCUCCAGGUGAAAGAACGAAAACUCUUAACAGAACA